AUGCCCCCUCCUUUGUUUGAGGGUAAGCCUUAUGACGUUGAUGGAGCUUUAGGGCUUCUCCGUCUUUGGCAUUUGCAUGGCUCUCAUAUUCCAUUGCCUUGCGGAGCGGCGUUGCUGCUUUUACCGUUUGGGACCGGCCAUGAGUUCUAUAUUUUGUCUCUUCUUGUCUUUUCAAGUUUUCUCUUAGUGUCUAGUUAUGGUUUAGUUAGCGUUUUAGUAGCCUAUGAAGAUAUCAGAUUAUAA